AUGCCAAAAAUCCAAGGGCGGUCAAGUCGUUGCUAGAAUACAUAAGGAAGUACUGCAGAAUCUCCUUACAAUCUUGUGUUUCGUCCAGUUUGAGGAAAGCAUCAUGGGAGUUUUGGAUCGACGUAAGAGCCUCAUUGUGGAUACCGCUAGUCACUUUUUCGGAGUAGCAAGCAAGGAUGAUGUUUCAAAUACGGAACGUCCUGUAUUGGAGAAAUUUCUGGAAGAAGGAACCUGCAGGACACUUUGUGCUCAACCUAGUGACAAUGGAUUGAGACUUACAAAUGAAUUACCUGCUGGCAAAAAUACUUUGGUAUUUUUCAAGCUAAAUGCUUCUACGGUGUCCGAGGAAAAUUUUCAUGAUUUGGUGCAAGUUGCCUCGAUUGGCGAUGGUGGGAAAAAGGCUUUUUUAGAAGUCAUUAAACAUGUAUGGGCGCCUUCCUUGCACUCUUCAGGAGUGAGUAAAUCUUAUUUGAAGAAAUUGGAACAAGAUCUUCUGGGACCUGGAGCACCAUCUUCCGUUGCUGAAGAGGAAGCCCGUUGGGAGAGAAGACGGGGCGAAGCAAAAAGAUCGCAAGAUAAACAAAUUAUUGAAGAGGCUGUGUCGGCUUUAAAAAAUAUUCGAGUCGAAUUGGAAGGUGCUGCUGCAUCUAGGGAAGGUUUAGCCGGAUUCGAGGAGGCCUUGGAAGCUGUUUCAGGAUACGUCGAUGAUCUUUGGAAGCUGGAGGGUCCAGCAUACUCAGAAGAUCAUAUGAAGUCCUUAUUGGAUGUUAUUGGGAACGAAGUGGUGUUUCUUGUAGAAUCUCUUAUCAGUGAGAUUCCACAGAAUAAAUCUCAGGCUCGAGAUGAAACGAUAAAAAUUGGAGCAAAAAUUACUGGGAAAUGGGUAACAUUAUCAGAGAGACUUACAGGAUUGUUCUGGCCUCAUCAUUCCCUACAUCCUUGGAAAGGACCACGAUUCGUUCCUGUAAAAUGUGAAAAACUGUCAAAAAGACUUGGACAAAUUGCUGAACUUCGGGCUCAGCAUCGUCAACUGACCAGAUUACUGACUACCAGUGAGAGAACAGCAUUGGGAACUGAUACGUUGCUAAAAAAUUUCGAUGAAGCUCAAAUGAAAAUCGAUGAGGAUCAAAAUUACCUGGAAUGGGACCGUUUGAAACGAAGGGUAGAAGAAGGUCUGGUACCGGCGGAAGAGAAGGUCGCUGAAAAAUUACGAAUUCAAAUAUCCGGUAGCAAAACAGCAACGUCGAUGGCUGCUGAAUUUCGAAGAUACUCAGAAUUGAUGAAAAGAGAAAAUCUUCGACGUGCUCUUCGCGGAGAACGUGAAUCGCUACUUUCAUCAUAUGGCGAUCUGAUCGAAUCCUGCCAGAGUGGUCCUGAUACCGACCGCUUAUUAGACAGUCCAAAAAUCCUCCAGGAAGUUCAAUCUGCAAGAGCAUCUGAAUUGCGUCUGGAAAGUUUACAGAAACUUGGAAAGGAGCUCCUGUGUGAUUUACCAGGAUAUGAGGAUGCUGCGUCGAAAAUUUCAGCAGCUCUGAAAGACGUGGAAGCGCGUAAGCAACAUUUGGUCGAAUCCUGGAUAAGUGAGACGAGACAAGUAAUCGCUAAAAAAGAAUUGUCGCUGGGUAUUGAUUCCGCGGUAGUAGAACUGACCGGAAGCAGUAUGAUGAGGGUGACUUAUGACCCUCGUCUAACUACCCUUGUAAGAGAGGCCAGAGCACUCUCGGGACAAGGAGUGGAAUUGCCACGAGAGAUACGAGAAUUGGUAGAGAAGGCUGGUAGUCUUGCUGGUCGAGCAAUAGCUUUGCAGCAAGUUGCUACUUUUCAUAAUACAAUUGGAGAUCGAAUGGUACCAUCUCAGAGACCACUGAUGCUUACAACUGCAUUGGAAUUGGCAAGGGCUGUUAGAGAGCAAUCUGGUGUUGCUUGGUCGGAGCCACAGGCCGUAGACUCCUAUAUCAAUAGAUUACGAGAAUUGGUAAAAAAAUUCACUAGACAAAAUUUCGAAUUAGCCUCUAAGCACGCGACCCUUCGGGACAACGUGGCAAGCUUGUUAAAAGGGGAUGCAAUAAAUUUAGUUGGUAAUCAGGGUGCUUGGAAAGAGACUCUUAAGAGGAUGAGAAUGACGGUGGAUCAAGUGGAUACAGAAUACGGAAAUACUAAAGCUUGGAAACUUCACUGGGAUCGGCAGCUGCUAAAAGCAUUAGGGGUUGCUUACAGGGCAGCGCUUCCAUCAUUGCUUAGAAGAAUGCCAGAGAUCAGAAUAGAACUGACCUUUAGAGAUGGAUUUCUGCAAUGGCGACCAUCUUUGGAGGAGGUUCGCGCCAAGGUGUAUUCUGGUCUCAAAAGAUUUUUGGCAAUUCCAACAAAUUUUCGAGGAGUUGGUGAUCCUGCUGAUGGACACUUCAGUGAUCUUGUACAAAGAAGCGCCUACCUGUAUGGUGGAGUUUAUAAAGAAGCCGAAGUAGGACUUUCAGCUAUUGAAUCCGUUAGAUUGAAAUGGAUACCGUUAGCUGCGCCAGCUAGAAUAGAUGUUGGAGAACGAUUAAAAGGGAAAUCACCACAGGAAUGGGAAAGAGCAUUUAAAGAUGCAAAACAGUGGGCUCAGGAGGUCGGAAAAUUACGGGGUAACGAGGUCAAGAUAUGGUGCAUUACUAUAGACACAGCGACAACACGAAAUGAUCUUGAAUCAGCUUCCCGAAGAUACUGGGAACGAUUAUCAGCAGAUCUUCGAACCGAAGCUUCAUCCAGAUUGGUCGCAAUUAUGGAAUUCUUAUCUGCAGCCGGGAAAGAAUUGGAUAAGCGUCCUCGUACAGUUGAGGAAGUUGGAAUUGCUCAUGAAGCUCAUGAUCGUAUCCAGGUGGAAUCAGCUGGAGUUGCAAAUGAAUUGGAAGCUAUUCUUGGUCUCAGUAGAGUCUUAGCUGCUUGGACGAGAGAGACCCUAGAAGGCGUGAGCGGUGCUCGUGCAGCUUCGGAAGGUUUGGCAGAACGUUUGGAAAGACAUCGAACUGUAGUAGCUCGUCAACUGGAAGAUGCCAAAGUGAAUCUUCGCCAUCGUGGUAUAGCUUUGCGAGAUGAUAGAGAAAGAUGGGAGACGAAAUGGUCGUCACGACCAGAUGUAAUGACUUUAGAAUGGUUAUCAAACAUGAGGGAACGUUGGACAGCGUUAAAAGAGCAAAAAAGGUCAUUGGAUGCUGAUUGUAAAAGAAUAGGUAUUGAUUUAAAUGAUAUUUUCAAUGACGAAGAUUCACUUGAGAAGAUUGAAGCGCAGUUGGAUGCUGAAGAGUCAAAUUGUAGAUUCCAAUUUGAAUUCCUUGAAGAGUUAAAGAAACAGGAAGCUGAAGAAUGGAUAGUGGCUAGAAGAAGAUUGCCCAGGUUACAUGACUGGCUAGAUUCCUGGGAAACUAGAAUUCAAAUACAACUUGAGGGGAGUUCAGAAAAACAUGAUAAAAUCAACGAAAAUGAAAACAAAGUACAAGUUGAUACUUUUGUUAGUAAAAAGAUUAAAGAAGUUAGAAAAGCCAUUGAAUGGAUUCAGCUUCUUCGUGGAGAUGAACUUGCUGAUGAGCACUGGGCGGAAUUGAAAACUAUUUUGAAUCUACCUAUAGCUAAUAUUAGAGAUAUUACCUUGGGCCAUCUUCUAAGUAAAGUUGAGAUCAUCGAGGAGAACGUGGAUCGAAUAAAGGAAAUUACAAAAAGGGCUGCUGCAGAAAGUGGGAUACGUCAGGCCAUCACUGAAUUAGAAUCUUGGGAAGGUUCAGCCUCGCUACAAUUACAGGAAUCUAAAGACAGCAGGAAUUCAAGAAUAAUGCUAGUGGGAGAAUAUGGCGGCCUCUUGGCUAGGGCCGGUGAAUUGAGACUUCUUCUGGAAGGAGCAAAAGGUGCAGCUGGUUAUGAACGUUUCGCUGCCAGAGCUGCACGGUGUGAGUCUGCCUUAUCUGAAUUAGAGGAAAGAAUAAAAGCUCUAAGUACGGUUCAGCGAAAGUGGGUGUACCUUGACCCAGUCUACGGAGGUGGGGCAGCGCCAAAUGAUUCAGGAAGAUGGUCUAGAGCUGAUAAGGAAUUCAGGUACCUCAUGGGAGAAGUAGCAAGAGAUCCAGGACUUCCAUCUUUGAGAAGACUUCCGCUUCCAGCGUUAAUAAAUCUGAAAGAUCUUCUUGAUAGAUGUCAGAGAAGUCUCGAUGAAUUCUUAGAGGAAAAGAGAUCUUCGUAUCCCAGAUUAUAUUUUCUCAGUGACGAAGAUCUGCUUGAGUUGGUUUCCGGUAGUGGAAAAGGAUUGGAAGCACAUUUACCAAAAUUGUACCAAGGUGUUGGUUCAGUGAAGAGAGAAAACGGCCGACUGAUAUCAGUGAUAUCUCCAGAAGGUGAAAUUUUGAAGCUACGCAGUCCGAUUGACUUGACAGAAUCAUUGCCGCAGUGGUUAAAACAUUUAGAGCAAGAGAUAAGGAGCACUUUGAAUGAAAAGUUAGAAAAAUGUUUAUCCGAUUCAAGUCCGGAUCCUUCCCAAUAUCCUGCCCAGGUCUUAUUACUCUCCGAAAGGAUUCACUUCACGGAACGCUGUGAAAGUGCCGUAAAGGAAGGAGGAUCAGCCCUGAAGAAGCUAGUUGAGUCUUUGGAAGCUCAAAGAGCCAGAUACAGAGGUCUUGAGGAUACUGGAGAACAUCUGAUAGCAUUAAAAGCUAGAGGGUUGCUUCUGGACACAGUGCAUCAUCUGGGAGUGGCAAGGACCCUCUUGGGGAUGAGUUCCAAUGAUGGUAAAUCAUCCUGGACCUGGUCCAGGCAACUACGAAGUUACAGAAGUGAUAAAGGACCAAUUGUAAAAUGUGCUGGUGCGGAAUUCAAAUACAAAUUUGAAUACCAAGGUGCAGCUGUAGGCCUAGUGCGAACACCGCUAACAGAAAGGUGCUUCCUGGCUCUCACGCAAGCCAUGAAAUUGGGUCUAGGAGGUAGUCCCACGGGGCCAGCUGGAACAGGAAAGACAGAGAGUGUUAAGGCCCUGGGGGCAAUUCUGGGAAGAUUAGUAUUGGUCUUCAACUGUGACGAAGGAAUGGAUGCUGGUAGCAUGAAACGUAUUCUGGGUGGUCUGGCUCAAGCUGGUGCAUGGGGUUGCUUUGAUGAGUUCAAUCGUUUAGAGGAAGAGACCCUAAGUGCAGUAGCAAUGCUUGUAAGACCUCUUCAGGAAGCAGUGCGCGACGGAGAGAUUCAAGUCCAACUGGGAAAUCAAACUGUCACUCUGGAUUCUGACUGCUGUGUAUUUAUCACGAUGAAUCCAGCUGGUAGUGAAUAUGGAGGACGACAUAAACUGCCUGAUUCCUUGGCAAGAUUAUUUAGACCGGUAGCAAUGGCGCAUCCGGACAGAUCAGACAUAGUACGUGCUCUUUUAGAAUGCGCAGGUUUUCUCGAAGCGAACACUCUAGCUAAACAAUUGGUAGAGACUUUGGAUAUCUCGGAAACAUUAUUGUCUAGACAGCCACACUAUGAUUGGGGACUUAGGGCUCUCAGAUCUGUUCUGGAUGCCAUUGAACCUGCUCAAUUGGAUGAUUCUGAUGAGACCAAAAGACUCUUACUGGCUAUCAAAGCUUCUACUAUGCCAAAACUCAUUGAAAGUGACAGAAUUAAAUUCCUGGCGUUGUUAUCUGACGUUUUUCCAAAAGUUGACAUUUCUUUGGAUUCUGUUUCAACUAAACAAGAUCUCAAAUCCAUUCUGGUUGAUCUUUGUGAAUCUAAGGGGCUAAAACAGGAAGUGGCUGAGACAUGUGUGCAACUGAAUAACCAAUUGAAAAGCAGAGCAGGCGUAGCAAUUGUUGGUCCAGCAGGAAGUGGGAAAACGUUAAUAAGAAUAAUUUUAACAGAAGCACUGUCAAGAAUUGGCAAUCCUGUUACGCAAAUUCUAAUUUAUCCUGGUGCUAUGCCAAAGACUAAAUUAUUAGGCAAAGUAGAUUCCACUACGAGAGAAUGGAAGGAAGGACUCUUGUCUAACGCUGUAUCUACAGCUGGUGAAUCCACCAUAUGGAUUAUUUUGGAUGGUGACGUAGAACCUAGCUGGGCCGAAGCUUUGAAUUCAGCAUUAGAUGACAAUCGACUUCUAACUUUACCUAAUGGUGUAGGCAUCAAAUUAGGAAGUGGCACCAGAUUUAUUUUUGAAACUCAUAAACUCGAUGGUGCCAGUCCUGCUACAGUUUCUCGUCUGGGUGUCGUCCAUCUUGGAAACCUUAUGCCUAAAUCAUUAAUUUUGCCUAGCAGAUUAGAAACCUUAUCAUCGUUAGCUCAGGAUAUUGCUAAUACUCACCUAAGCACUGCUGCGGAUGCUGUAUUGAAGAAUAAUGGAGAACGAUCUUCAGCUGCAGGCUUGAUCGAAGCUGCACUGUCGCAUCUUAAAAAUUCCAAUACGAGAACCAUGGGAACUUAUGCCCUUUUAGUUUCUCUAUGCGGUCAAAUCGAAGAUACCAAUUCCAGAGAUCAGCUGGCAAGAGUGCUGUACCAAUUAACUGACAGCUGGUGUCCUGAUCCUCAAAGACCUUUUGCUGUUCUGUACAAUUCAGAAACUGAUAGAAUAGAACCUUUUGGUGAUCCUGUAGAUAUUUUGAAAACAGAAAACGGUCCGUUGUCUCUUUCUGGUCCGGUAAAAAGAGCUUUGGAAGCUGUGCUUCCCUGGUUGGAUUCAGGACAUCCUGUAAUAGUACGAGGCCCUGCGGGAUGUGGAAAGAGUACUUUGAUAUCAGCAGCAAUCUUAUCAGGGAAGGAUACGAACAGAGAGUCAUCAAUGAUCGUAAAAGGAUCAUCCCUUUACGGUUCUCAGGAUUUGAUCUUGCGCCUAAAAAGAGCCUGCGUUCAGGUAGACUCUUCAUCCCAUGGAAGAGCCUAUAGACCACGGAAUGGUAGUCGUCUAAUUCUGAUUCUGGAGGACUUACAUCUAGCAUCCAAAGAUUUGCAAGAACUCGUACGGGAACUCUUACAGGAGGGAAGAUUUCACGAGGACGAUUUGGAAUAUGCCAGAAUUCCAUUGACUGCCAUAUUUACAGGAGAUACCGAAACAAAAUUGCAUCCUAGAUUGGAAUCAUUGCUCGCCACACAUUACAUGCCGAAUCCUAGUUCGAAGGAGAGUGUUGCCAUAAUAGAAUUGCAUUUGAGAAAUGCAUUGAAAGGAGGAAAAAUUAUGGUCGAAUCGUGGAUCUCUCGUCUAGCGCCAGCAAUGCUUGAAGCUUUCCAAUCGGUUUUAACUUCGCAGGAAUUAAUCACAUCCUGGACACCUGGUGAUUUAGCACUCUGGGCAGAUGCUUUGAAAUUUUACCCUGUCCCAGAAGAUGAGUCAGAGAUCACUGAAUAUUUACUGGAUACAGGACGUCGAUUGUUUCAAUGCAGAUUGACUAUCAAGGAACAAUCUCAUUGGGAAUCAAUAAUAGCAUCACGUGCACCAGGAGGUAAGACUUCUGGAGAUGAUAUCUAUGCUUGGAAAGGCGGUGCAGCUGGUUUGCUUCCGUUUGGUGAAGAACAAUGGAGAAAGGAAGUUGAAAAUGCAGUUGCAAAAUGUGCCAGAGAAGGAGAACCAAUUCAAGCAUCGAUGUCUCCUCAUCUUUUGCAAAUUGUGGCUGGUGUCAGUUGGGCUAUGGGAAGUGGCCAACGUGGUAUGGUACUAGUCGGUCGACCUGGUGCAGGUCGCAAAUCUGCAAUUAGAUUAGCAGCUACCAUGUCAUCCUUACGUCUGAUUGAUUCUGGACCUGGACGUAGUAGAGCAGCAAUAAGGUCAGCUAUCCAAGCAUCUGGUAUCGAUGGAGAACCAACCCUUCUUCUCCUGGAAGAGCAUCACGCGCGUGAAGUAGGUUUAGCCAUCCUGGCCAGCGCCAUUGUAUCUAGAGGAGAAGUUCCUGGACUGAUGGCUACCGAGGAACUCGAUGGCCUCAUUGCUCCGCUGGCUGAUCUUGCGAGACGAGAAGAUUUUCCAGGAAGUCUGGAACAAUAUUUUUAUCACAGAUUAAGAAGUCUUUUACGAGUAGCUGUUAUCCUGGACACUGCUGAUUCCAGAGAAGAUUGGUUGCUACGAUCUGGACUUUUAAAACACUGUGUAUUAAUUGGACAGAAUCCGCGGUGCGAAUGGUGGUCUCUAGAAAGACCACUUAGUGAACUAGCAAUACAGCAAUGUGGUAUGGCUGAAGAAAGUGAAGAAGAAUCACCAGGAGUUCAAGCCUUGGUGAAGACCCACCUUAGAGCACCUAGUCAGCAACAAGCACCGGCUCGUUUCCUUGCUCUAUUAUAUUCUUGGAAGCAAUUGAAGGAGGAAUGGUUUGAGGAUAUUGAAAAGAAACUUAUCAGUCUUGAAGCUGGUAUCAGCAGACUCAGAGAAGCUGGAGAACGUGUUUCUAAGCUGGAAAAUGAAGCAACUAAACAACGACAAGAAUUAGAGGCUGAGAAGGGUAAAGCCACAGCUGCCUUAGAACAGAUAACAGCGACCAUGAGGGGUGCGACAGGUCAACGGGGUGAAAUGACAAUUUUGAAAUCUGAAACGGAGCGUGAAAGUGCUGAAUUGGCUCGACGAAAAGCCGAUAUCGAAGGAGAGUUGUGUAAAGUAGAACCACUAGUUGAACAAGCAGCACAGGCGGUUGCCGGAAUUGGUACUGACGCUUUGGCGGAAGUGCGUUCCCUUCGUGCACCACCAGCACCAGUUAGGGAUGUUCUGGAAGGGGUCCUCAGACUGAUGGGAAUACGAGACACGUCCUGGAACAGUAUGAAAACUUUUCUUGCAAAACGCGGAGUCAAGGAUGAGAUUCGAUCAUGGGACGCAAGACGUAGCUCGGUCAGCAGCCUGGAGGCAGUUGAGAAAUUAGUAAAAGAACGUCCUGAAAGUUUUGAAGAGAAAACAGCUAGGCGUGCUUCAGUUGCAGCCGCACCCUUAGCAGCCUGGGUCCUUGCUAAUUUGCAAUAUGGAAAAAUUUUGCAACAGGUGGCACCACUGGAGAGAGAACAGCGUCUCUUAGCUGAGCGACUUGCUGCUGCAGAGGCGCAGCUGGGAAGACUAGCUGCAGGUUUGAAUUCUGUAGAAAGUCGUGUUGCUCAAUUGCAAGAGGAAUUGGCUGCACAUUCCAGAGGCGCAGCUGCAUUGCAAUUGCGUUCGGAAGCCACUGAAGCUAGUCUCGCAACUGCACGAGCACUCCUGCAUAAACUGGAUGCCGAACAUACAGAUUGGCAAACACAAUUCGAGGAACUUACGGCAAGAAAAGGCAGAUUAGAUGUUGAAGCUGCAGCUGCAGCUGCUCUUCUGGUCUACCAGAUUUCAGUAAAAGAUGAUAAAGCAAAGAAAAUAGCUAUUGAUCUAUUAAUUUCCGAACGAGAAAGACUUCAAUGGCGGGCGCAAGGACUUCCUGCGGAUACCGGAAGUUUAGUAGGUGCUUCUUGCGUGUUAAGAGGUCCAUUGGUCCCACUCUUUUUGGAUUCCUCAGGUGUAGCUGUUACCUGGCUCAAGUCUAAUAUCGGUACCAGGUUAGAGGUGACAGAACCGCAGAGUUCAAGGUUUCUCACGACCUUAGAGCUGGCUAUACGGUUUGGUAAACCGUUACUGAUUGAAGAGCUGGUUGAAUUACCAACUGUAUUGCUGCCAUUGCUACGUCAGCGACCAUUGCGACUUGGCGAUAGAACAUUAGCACCUCAACAAGGCUUUAAACUGUUUCUGGCAACUAGGCGAGACGAUUUGGAUCAUCUACCUAGGGAAGCUGACUCUGUACUCAUGCGAGUGACACUUGGUGCAGGUGUUAGGAGUCUGGCAGAGAGAUUCGUUGAAAGAGCUUUGCAAAGGGAAACACCAGAAUUAGAAGCACAAAGAAGAGAAGCCUUGGAACGUGAAGAAAUAUUAUCCGGUGAAAGAGACGCAGCAAGGCUUGACUUGUUAGCCCAACUGGGGGCCAGCAGGGGUCAGGAUCUCCUUCAGGAAUCACAAGGAUCCCAAGGCGGACUCCUUGCCUCUUUGGAAGCUACUCAGUUGAAAGCUAAAGAGAUUGCUUUAGCUCUCGAAGAAAGCAAGAAGAGUCUCGAUCAAGUAUCCCGUAGAGCUAAGGAUCAUGAGCCUCUUGCUAAAUUUGCUGCUCAUCUCUUUGAGGCUGUUAAAUCAUUGAGAUACCUGAGUCCACUUUAUGUUUUCUCUGCGGAAGCUUUCACAGAUAUUUAUCUGGAAGCGGGAGAUACACGGAACAGCGUAUACGAGGAGAAAGCAGAUGAAAGUCGGAAAAUUAUGAAAAAGAAACUCGUGACAUUGACUCUUCAUCAUUGUACGACAGCUGCGUACAGAAAGCACAGACUUGCUGUUGCUUUGCAUUUGGCGCUUUCAUUGAAUCCAGUAUCGGAAGUGGAGAAGAGACUGCUGUUUCGGGGAGCAGCAGCGUACGAUGAGAAUUCAAAUUUUAGAGUUCCCAGUUGGGUACCUGAGGAACGUUCAUCGUCCGUAAUGGCUUUAGGUUCUGCUUUACCUGAGGUCGCAUCAAAACUGAAAACAACCUGGCUCGAAAAUAUUGGUCAGAUAUAUGCUGAAAGUGAUUUGACACUUUUCCAAAAGACACUAAUAGUGAAAGCAUUGCGUCCUGAUCAUCUACACACGGCAAUGACUAAAUUGGCAGCAGAACAAUUAGCUGUACGUGACGUUGCUCCUCCUUCGUGGUCCUUAGCAAAAAUUGCUGAGGACUGUAAAACUCGUCCGAUAUUGCUGCUGCUGUCUCCAGGAGCAGAUCCUGCUUCGGAAUUACGUGCUGCAGCUGCAGGACGUACCAGUUCCAGUAUAAGAUUUACAGAAAUAUCAUUAGGACAAGGACAAGUGGCUCAGGCUGAAACUGCUCUUGAAUCUGCCUGCAGGGAAGGCAGCUGGCUACUAUUAAGCAAUUUACAAUUAGCAUUAAAUUGGUUACCACGACUAGAAGGACUGUUACGAUCUCCCAUGUGCACUGUCGACAAAAAUCCAACUGCACGCAUCUGGUUGACAACUGAGGAGUGUUCAGGAUUUUAUGCAGGUCUUGCAGGACUCUGCCUGAAAUUGGCAUACGAACCACCGGAAGGUGUGAAGAGGAACGUUAAAAGAUCCUUUCAGCAGCUUCAACAACGUCAAAAGUCUUCUGCGUAUCCAGGAGGAAACUUCUUGUUAUCCUGGCUACAUGCAAUCCUUCAGGAACGUAGACGGUUUGUGCCACAAGGCUGGAUCACGGCUUACGAAUGGAAUGAAGCAGACCUCGAAGCUGCAUCUGAAUUGGUUGUUAAGGAACUUGCUAAAGAAAAUCAGGAACGUGAUAAUUCAGGAGAUUGGGAUGCUGGACGUGGAUUAUUGGAUGUUGCUAUUUAUGGUGGAAGAUUACAGGAUGCAUUUGACAUGAGAGCUCUUCAGUCCAUACUCAAAAAUAUAUGGUCCAGAGAUGUGUUUAGUGGUCGAGUAAAACUAGGCGGAAUCUUAAGGCUGCCUGAAAUCAAUUCUGAAAAUGGAAUUAAAUUCCUGGAACAAUUGAAGGACGUAGACUCACCUAAGGAUUAUUUUGGAUUACCUGCAAAUGCAAACAGAGCUUGGGAACGUUCAGCCGCUGAGGCAGCCAUUGCUCUUCUUCAAAAUCUAGUUACAGGAGAGAUCAAUACCAAUGAGGCAGGAGUGCGGGAAAGUUUGAAAGCAAAGAUUCGUAAAGAAUUAAGAGAUCUAUUAGAUCAACGAGGAUCAGUGAUCUCGAGUCCUACGCAGCGAUCAGAAUCAAAGAAUGAUGAUCUUUUACUAGAUUUUUUCGAAGACGAAAGGAAUUUAAUCAGGCGUCUAACGAGUUUAGUUAGAUUGGAAAGUGAAUCACCGUCCAUUACAGAUUCUAAGGCUCCAAGAAAAUGGUUAGAGGAAUGGCCAGCUGGACCUCAGGAAGUCAUCCCAUUUGUAAACAGUCUGCUAUCCCGUCAGCAAUAUCUCUCGAACCUAAAUAAUAUCCCUCAGGAAAUAGACUUAUCUUGCCUCGCGCGUCCACGUGCAUUCCUUGCCGCCCUGAAACAGCACACAGCUCGCAUCUGCAAGCACCCUCUAGAGAACCUGCAGCUGCACGCAAACUGGCUUGAAGGUUCAAAGAAAAAAGAAUGGCAAUGUUCAAUAAUCAUCAAAGGUCUUCUGAUCUCAGGUGCAGAAAUCGUUGCGGGCACCUUAAAGGAGCUAGAUGCCGAAGCAGCACCAGUGGCGGCUGCACCAUAUUGCCAGCUAGCGUACCUCCCUGAAGAAUCUCUCAAUGAUAAAAACGAACUGAACGAUAUCCACGAAAAACAUUCCACUGACUUUAUACAAAUUCCUGUUUACGUCGAUUCUCAAAGGAAUAUCCUAAUAUGCGCACUUCCGGUUGCUUAUUCAGGAGACGAUAAAGAUGUCUGGCACAGACGAGGAGUAUUGAUGCAAUUGGGUUGAUAUAAUUAAAAUGGUCACAGUCCACCAUGGAUCUACUAUCAUAAAGUGCUUUAUUAUUGUAAAAUUUAAUAAACCUUACAGAUAAAUAUGAUAAAUCGAGGAAAAUAUAGUAUAGUUCAGUUAUACAGUAACUAACGAGUACAUAAGUAGAUAUACGAAGUACGUUGAGAUUCCAUUGGAAAGUACUGAAACAAUUCGCCGCCUGGAUUAAUCCUAAUCGUACAUGGAGAUCCUGGCGACAAACUCUUAAUAAUAAUCAAUCAAUCAAUCAAUCAAUAAAGUCAUAUAGCAAUGACCAUAUAUAUAUAUAUAUCCCAAUGAUAAUGAGAAUCAUAAGAACAAUAUAACAAUUAGCAAUGAUAGGUUCACCACGGGUCAAUCAAUUAUUAUGAGUAACCCUUAUAGAGAUGUCUACUUAUAAUAAUUCAAUAGAAAGCGUUUCAUUCGUAGUGAAUCGUAGGUCCGUCACGCGCCUUCGAUCUAGGGUUGGCAAUUCUAAUGAAACUACCUGUCUCUCUUGUGUACUAUAAAAAAUGGCAAUAA